CCCGUUACUCUGUCACUAGGGUUUCUGAUUCUCUGAGCUAAAAGAAGAGUAGCGGCGGCGUAACACGAGUGAAGAUCACGAUGGCAAGGAUUAAGGUUCACGAACUGAGGGACAAGUCGAAGAGCGAUCUUCAGAACCAGCUUCAGGAUCUCAAGGCUGAGCUCGCUCUCCUCCGUGUCGCUAAAGUCACCGGUGGUGCUCCCAACAAGCUCUCUAAAAUCAAGGUUGUCCGGAAAUCCAUAGCUCAGGUGUUGACCGUGACCUCACAGAAGCAGAAAUCUGCUCUAAGAGAAGCAUACAAGAACAAGAAGUUCAUCCCUCUUGAUCUCCGUCCUAAGAAGACCCGUGCUAUCCGCAGACGCCUCACCAAACAUCAGCUCUCUUUGAAGACCGAGCGUGAGAAGAAGAAGGAGAUGUACUUCCCGAUCAGAAAGUACGCUAUCAAAGUUUAAAUUCGUUCUACUAGAAACUCUGUUUCAGCUUUUUGUUGUGUUUUUGAUGCAAACUUGUUUUGUUCUUCGCUUUGUGCUCUUUUCUCAAACAGUUUCACCAACUUUGAUUAUGGUUACCAUUGAUAUUUUGCAUUUUCUUAACUC